AUAUAUCGCGGGUCUGGUUAGUGACAUAUAUCAGUUUUUCACCACCUCAAUAUGAAGACGUUCUUUGCUCUACUUACAAUUGUAUUUGCCUUGGCUCAGGCCUCAAUGAUGAAAUCGGAACCUGAGGGUCUUUGUUUGGAUCCUAUGACACUUCAUGCCAUGUGUAUUUCUGGUUCAAACCUUGAGGGUAAAAUGGAAGCUGCAAUGCAAUGUUUCACAGGUUCUGCUGCCACCAGGGACUCUAGUGACCUUGAGAGAGGGAGAAGGAGGCGUAGAUGUCCCUCCUUUGCUGCUUUAAAAUCCAAGAUGAGCCAGGAAAUGAGUGAAUCUGACUGCUUGUACCGAAGCAUGGGUUGGAUGGAUGAAAAUGGAAAUGAAGUAAACGCCACAAUCUCUGCUGAUAUUGGUUCACUAGACAAUGCUAUUGGGUCUCAGUUGGGCCCAGAUGCGAUCGGAGAGUGUGUGGUUAACAUGCUGGGAGUAAUGGCUGAUGAUCCCAAAUUUGCCAGAUGCGCAAACAAGUACACAGAAACACAAACUCAGGUUCUGGAGGAGAUCGCUAUAAAAAUGGCGAGCUAUGAAUGCUUCUCAAACAUUUUUGAUAUGGCCUGCAAGAAUUUCAUUCAGACAACAUAUGUUGAUCCUAUGCUAGCAUCCUUCAUGGGUACCCAAACGGCCGCUGGUCGUAAAUAGAUCAAUUUAAAAAAUGUGAUAAAAAUCAGAAUCAUAAUUAAUUUGUAGUUUAUAAUUUCAUGUUUAGAAAAUAAAUCUUUACAUUUUUA